CUAGCUAUUUGUGCAUCGUAUCAAGUUCCGCGUUUAUUCUUAUUCUGAUUCAUUCGAAUUGCAUGUAUCAAUCGGGAGAAGUGGUUAAAUGAUUGGGAAGCGAAAAUAAUAUUCGAUUAGCACCUAGGUGAGUUUGAACGGCAAGACUAAAUCAAAAUGAAUGCACGUUCGCAAACGUUCGACCUGACGAUGGAGGGUCGCCAGGUUGACGAAGCUGUUUCGAGUAUCUUCCAUACGAUUUUGUUCCACCGAAGCUUGGGCAAAUUUAUGUAUACGGGAGAAGCCAUGUACUCGAUUGGAUCUAUCGGUUACAUGGAUGUAGACUGCGAUUUCAUUGACUUUACGUAUGUUUGCUGUACUUCCCCGAUGCUGGAAGAGACGAUCAAAAGGGAAAUAGGAGAGUUUAGCCGUCAGUUGCGCAGCAAUGAAAGCUCUGGCACCGGACAAAUCAGUUUGGAAUUCUUUCAACGUAAGAAAGCACGGUGGGCUUUCCUAACGGAAUGCAUCCCUUGGGAAGUAUGGACUAUUCGUCUGGAAUUGGUCAACCUAACGAAUGAAGAUGACCGGCAGAUUUGUCGGGAGAAAGUAGGUGAGAUGCUGUCGGAUAAGAUCGUUUACAUAACGGAGGUGAUGAAUAGACAUGAUUACCUGCCGAAAACGCCGAAUCAGACGGAGCUGGACUCGGUCUUCGAUACUUCUUAUCCCGAUGUGCAACCGUAUCUGUUUCAGUUCAAGUUCAAAACCACCGGACCCAGUACCAAUUCGGUAGGAAAAACAGUCAAGAAGUUGUUCAAGGAAACGCUUUCGUUGUGACUGUUGACGACAGCAAUUUUCGUAUUAUUGUUCGGAAGAUAGCAACCGGUAGGAAACGGAUUUCAGUGAUUCUUUGCGACAGUGAUUGGUGCGUUUGGAGGCUAUUUUUGCGAAUUUUAAGCAAAUCGAAUGAAGAGAGGUCACUAAUGUCAUUGCAAUGGCCCUUGACAUGACGUCGUACGUUCAGAAUGACCAGUGGUGGUAACGAGACUGUCGUGAAUAGUUUAUAUGACUUUUACCACCUCUAAGUGUGAUGAAGCGGAUAGGUUUGCUUUUCAUUGAAUAUCACAUAUGUUAAAAUAAUAAGCUGCAUGUUUUAAGUAAUAAUAUAUCAGUAAACAUUCGAAACGAAAUAAAAAUUUCAAAACCUUUCUAAAAAUAAAUUCCGCAGGUGUUCAAAUUUGUGUGCAACAUCGAAAGUUUUAUAGCAUAAAAAUCGAAAAUUUUCCAGCAAUAUCUUUUUAUGACUUGGACUCGAGUAUGCGAUUCGUAUAGACCGUUUGAUCAAUUCUUGUUUUCAAUUCAACACUAAAGAUUCAAUAAAAACUGUUAAAUGUUUUGACAGUUAAAUGUUAUGUUUAUGUGACGUUACUGAUCAAAUUCACAUUGGUACACAAUCGUGUUUCCUUUUUUGAUUGAUAAAUAAAAAGGACUUCGAUACUCGAAUAGACACGGUCGUCGAAUCUCACUCAAUAUUAUGUUCCGGUUACUCACUUUCGCUAAAAUAAACGUGGUUACUCAUGAACUUAGUAAAAAUCUGGUCGUAUAGGAGUAAAUGUCACUAAUACUGCUACACUAAUUUGCUCGAAUACGAGUGACAUAUUCGAGGAGAUUUGAAGUUUGAUUCUACGGCCGUUCUACAGCAUUUUAGAAUUUAAUCUUCUUGGGAAGGGAAGUAAAGCCGUUGGUCCCCGGUUCAUGAGUUGAUGGGUCGAUAGGGUAGGGUCCAGGUGUGGGAGCUGCCUCCCUGACGUCGGUAGCAUUGGUGCUCAGCACGGAAAACAAGAUCAACGGGAAACAAAAUAAAAAAAAACAAAGAAAAAAAGAAUUUAACAUUGGCUUUUCAUCAAGUUUUUCGCUACCAGCUCAAAUAUUUAUAAAACUCUGCACAGAGAUUUUUUUUAAAGGAAAAAAAUGGGGGUCUGUGUUUGAGUUCAUUUCUUCCCGGGAGGCGACUAUUUUCUACUCACUUUUUCCCUCGCCCGGAACUUACUUCUUUCUUGUUUUCCAAUUUUCCCUGCAUUGUUGCUUUUUUCACCAGCUUGUUUGCAGCUAAAUAUGUCGCGUCUUUCUGGUAGUCGAAAUACGGUCGACGCUGUUCCUGGAUUCUACUCGCCUGUUAUUCUUAUUAUCUAAUACCUAAUUAUCCCAACGUUUAAUUUUAAAUUGAUUGAGCUUGGCAUCUCUAGCAUCAGAUAUUUAGUUAUAAUUCAAACAAUUCAUGAGAAAAAUAUCCACAAGCUAAAAUCUUAUUCUACAAGCAAACCUAUCAGUGUAGAAUAAUGUUUGUCCACAAUAUUUGAAAUGAAAACAGCGUUACCAGCAAAGAAUGGCGUUCGAUGAAGAAGGUAGCUGGAAAAGUAUCAUUAAGCCAUCAAGACAAAUGCUAAAGGUUAAAUGAUACGUAGAAGGAUUCAAAUGACUCAUUUUGAUGUGCUUACCAUUUUCAACUAGCAGUUCAUAGAAAUGUCGUUCUUGUCUUAGGUUACCUAGUUCGAUAUCGUUGGAUUGUGUUAGUCGUAAACUAUGAUGCAGAUUAAGAGAACCAUGAGUGUAAUUGUGAUGUGAUAGACGGGAAAGCGUGUAAAGCAAACUGGGAUAUAGAUAUAAAAGUGAUCGUAAGAUAGGAUCGUGAAAGUCUUAAUCUAAAUACAGGUAUACCUCGAUAUAACGUACCUGUCGGCGAUUUCUCGCAAACGGUCAUUCAAACAAGCAAAGUAAUAUCACCAUCGGACAGAUGAGACAAUCCCCCAUUUAUCGAUAUGAUACAAUACAAUUGUAUGAUUCAAUUGUUAUUAGCGAGUUAUUGACGAUGGAAGUCAAAAGUGACAGUUACGUUAUAUCGAGGUAUACCUGUAACGCACUACAUACUGCAUAACGAAAUGCAACGGACAAACAAGUGUACAUUUUUAUUGUUAGUGAGUCAUUAAUGUAGUGAUCAGUUAUAGUUUCUUUUCAGUGUAGAUAUAUUAGAAUUCGAUACACGAUGCAUAACAAAAAAAAAAGAGCGCUGAUAGAUGCUUAAAAAAUAAAAAUAA